CGCCGUCACCGCUCCUGUCUUCUCGACUAGUUACCCGCAGUCCCGUGCCCUCGAUCUGUGACUUGGAGACCCCUUAUCCGCCUUCCUCGCCGACUCCCCAGUCCUCGGGAUCUCCUACUUCCUACUACGAUGUCCUCGCACCCGAACAGAGUCGACGGCGAAGUCCUCAAGUACGGUACGAAAGGAAUACCUCAAGAAGAAGUGGCUUGGUAACUGCCGUAUGCAGAUAACUCGCUGGGCGACUGAUCUCCUUGUCGAACAACACCGAAGGAUUACUUUCCCGACUGCGAAGACCCCCGGCCGACCACUUCCUCCCUGUACUGAGCAGUUCAGUAGUCAGUAUGGCCUACCUUGCGCGCACAUGUUGCUAGAAAGGUUUGAAGAAGAUCACGAAGACGGCGUGUUGGUUAAUCCUAUUGACUGCGACCGCACCUGGCAUCUCAAGAAACACCGAGAUGCGGAAAAUCGGUAUCUACGACUUCAACAACCUGACAAGGCGGUCGCCAAAGGCCGCCCGACCAACCAGGGCGGUCCGUUCGGGAAUGAAGACAUCCUACCACCUGUUGAGCCGCCGGCGCCGAAGACAAAGACUACAGCCCGGAGCGGCACGAUUUCUCGGGACGCGCGGCGUUACUAUUCGCAGUUUGAACUCGCCGGGCCGAGUCUUGAAGAGCAGGAUGAACAAGAUGAACAAGAUGAAGAAGAGCUGGAGGUUGACUCGGACUGCAUCGUCGUCACUGCAGUGCCAAGUCCAAAGAGAGGUCGAAAGAGGAAGGCAACAACACAACAGAGAGGUAAAGGAAAGAAAAGAAAGACAACGAAGACUGCGAAGACUACGAAGACUGUGAGCCGGCCUGCACGGGUGACCCGGCAUAUCACCCGGGCGAGCCAGGCUAAGACCCCAGGCCCUGAUCCUCACAUUAUGGAUGUAGCGGAGUGGCAGGCCCGCAGGGUUCAACGCCGUCAAGCUUGGGAGAAUGCAGCUCAUACUAAAGAAGAGAAUGAGGACUUCGAUUCCGGGGAUGAAGAUGACCCUUUUCCUCGUAAGAAAAGGGACGAAGAAGAGGGCGAUGACGACGAUGACCCGGACUAUGUUUACUAGGUUGCUAGAUUGAUA